GCUUCUGCUGUAACAAUGGAAUUAGAGAUUUUUAUAAUACCAUUGUUAUUAUUUUUAUUUUCCAUUUUUGUUCUUUUUCGAGGUAAGGAAAAUCCAGACCGACUCCCGCCCGGUUCUUUGGGACUACCCGUGAUAGGGCAAAGCCUCGACCUUUUGAAGGCAAUGAAAGCUGAUAAAGUCGAUAAAUGGUUUCAAGAAGGAAUAACAAAACACGGGCCUAUUUGGAAAGCCAGUCUUUUUGGAUACCCGACAGUUGUUUUACAUGGUCCAGCUGCAAAUAAGUUCGUCUACACUUUCGAUGGGAACAUACUCACCAACACACAACCACCAUCAAUGAGUCGAAUCAUCGGUUCCAAAAAUUUAAGCGAGUUAACCGGGAAUGAUCAUAAACGAGUAAGAGCUGCUCUUACUUCGUUUUUGAAGCUUGAAGUGUUGAAGCAAUAUGUUGCAAAAGUAGAUGAAGAAAUCCAGCACCACCUUCAAACACAUUGGCAUGGUAAACAUGAGGUUCAGGUGCAACCCCUGAUAAAGACCUUAACCUUCAAUGUAAUUUGCUCACUUCUCUUUGGGAUCGAAAGAGGGCUUAAAAGAGAUAAGAUCCUACCACAUUUCAAACACAUGAUCGAAGGUGUGCUAGCAAUUCCAAUUAAUUUGCCUUUCACUCAAUUCAAUCGUGGGAUUUUAGCAAGAAGGAAACUAGUACCAAUAAUUUUAGAUCUUAUUCGUGAGAAAAGGGAAGCACUUGAAGAACAAAAACAACAAGCUAAUCACCAUAAAGAUCUCAUCACUGAGUUGCUUUGCAUGCGUAAUGAGGAUGGCUCAACAACGACAUCUGAUGAGGAGAUCACUGACAACAUCAUCCUCGUGAUGGCUGCAGGAUACGAUACAACCUCAGCCCUCCUUACGUUUUUAGUUAGACUUUUGGCUAACAACGAAUCUAUUUACUCAACUUUAGUUCAUGAACAAGAAGAGAUUGCCAAGAAUAAAGCACAUGGGGAAGCUUUGACAUGGGAAGAUCUUACAAAGAUGAAGUACACGUGGAGAGUUGCAUCCGAGAUGUUGAGGAUAAACCCUCCCGUGAAUUUGAACUUCCGACGAACUAUGCAAGAUAUUGAGUACGGAGGAUUUAUAAUUCCUAAAGGAUGGCAAGUGUUGAUAUCUCAAUCCAUGACACACAUGAACAAUGACAUUUUCCAAGACCCGACCAUGUUUGAUCCAAAGCGUUUUGAGAAGCAUGCACCACAACCACCACCUUUCAGUUUUGUGCCGUUUGGAGCAGGGCCAAGGAUGUGUCCUGGUAUUGAACUUGCAAAAAUGGAAAUUUUAGCUAUGACGCAUCGCUUGGUGACAAGGUUCAGUUGGGAACUUGUCAAGAAAGACGAAUCAUUUAAGAGAAACCCAAUGCCAGAAUUCGAUCAAGGAUUGUUCGUGCGGAUCAAACCCACAAAAGCAUAAUUUAUGUCAUCCAAAGCAUCAUCGUAGGCAAGAUUUGGGCUAAUAGCUUCCCAAGACAAAAUGCAUUUGUCCAAAACCAUAUAUAGUCAUAUAUACCUCAAAAUGUUCUUCCAUCAAAACUUGCGAUAUUUGCGAGUCCAUGAACUUAUUUGUUGAUAUUUUAAUGUAGAAAAUAUAGCAUUACAAUUAUUAAAAAUGACAAAUAUAAAAAAUGUUGAAGAUGUAAAAUGACAAAAUGUGUCCCUAAGACACUAAUAUGCAAAGCAUGUAAACAAGUAAUCAAGUAUUAAGACCAUGUCAUAUUUUGCUUCAAAAAAUAUUGCGAAUUUAUUAAGUUAUUUUAUAUUCUAAAUAAAAACUGUAACAUAAAAAAAUAAAUGACACAUAUAAUUAUAGAUUUUUAUAAAAAUAUCAAGGUUUUAGAAAUAUUAUAUCAAUACAUUAUACCAGAAAAAAAUUG